CUUGUCGACUCGUCCAAUAUGGCGAAUGUAGCGGCUUCUGCUGUUAACGCUGCGGGUAGAGACCCUGCUGUUGACCGCUCCCUUCGCUCCGUGUUCGUGGGAAACAUCCCGUAUGAAGCCACAGAGGAACAGCUGAAGGACAUCUUCUCUGAGGUCGGCUUAGUUGUCAGUUUCAGGUUGGUGUAUGACAGAGAAACAGGCAAACCAAAAGGUUAUGGCUUCUGCGAGUAUCAGGACCAGGAGACGGCGCUCAGUGCCAUGCGGAACCUGAACGGGCGAGAGUUCAGCGGACGAGCCCUCCGUGUUGACAAUGCCGCCAGCGAGAAGAACAAGGAGGAGCUCAAGAGCCUGGGGACUGGUGCGCCAGUCAUUGAAUCCCCCUAUGGUGACAGCUGCCAGCCUGAGGAAGCCCCAGAAGCAAUCAGCCGUGCAGUGGCCAGUCUUCCUCCAGAGCAGAUGUUCGAACUCAUGAAACAGAUGAAACUCUGUGUGCAGAACAGCCCACAAGAAGCGAGAAACAUGCUUCUGCAGAACCCCCAACUGGCCUAUGCUCUGCUGCAAGCCCAGGUGGUUAUGCGAAUUGUGGACCCUGAAAUUGCUCUGAAAAUGCUCCACCGGCAGACGCAGGUGCAGCCCCUGGUCUCCAGCAGUCAGGCUGGCCCAGGACCCGUUCCUGUGCCUGGCCAGCCUCUUCCUCAGCCCGCUGUGCCACAGCCACAGCCAAUGGUGGGGAUGCAUGUAAAUGGAGCCCCCCAGAUGAUGCAGCCUGCCCAGAUGGUGGCAGGUGUACCUGGACCCAUGCCAGGGCAAGGACCUAUGGGACCUGCAGGUGGGAUGCAACCCCAGAUGGGAAUGCCCCAAACCGGUCCAGUACCCAUGGAUCGUGGACAAGACUUUCAUGGAAGCCUUCAGCACUCUCCCGUAGGAUCGUCAGCACAGGCUGCUAUCGAGCGGCCGCAAGUGUCCAUAGCAGAUCCACGGGCUCCCAUGCGUGGGGGUGUCCCCCCCGGCCCCUCGGUGGUUGCUCCUCGUGGCCUGCUCGGUGAUGGCCCCAAUGACCCUCGAGGUGGCACACUGCUCUCGGUGACAGGGGAGGUAGUGGAACCCAGCCGUGGUUUUAUGGGGGCCCCCCCACACCAGGGCCCACCCAUGCACAUGGGACACGUCGGGGGUGGGCCUCCUCCUGAGAUGCGAGGUCCACAUGAUAUGAGAGGAGGGCCCAUGAUGGACCAACGGGGCCCGCCCAUGGAAGCCAGGGCUCCUAUGCCUGGAGGUCGUGACCCCAGGGCUGUAGAAGCCCGCGGCCUGGACGGCAGAGGUCCCGUGUCGAGCCAGAGGGUUCCCAUGGCAACCGGUAUGCAAGGCCCCAUGCCACACGGCAUGGGAGGAGGUGCGCCUCCACCUGCCCGACCGGCUCCUGGGCACUCAGGAGUGCCCCAGACAGGAGGCUUCAGUCCAGGUCAGAACCAAGUCACCUCACAGGACCAUGAGAAGGCUGCAUUGAUCAUGCAGGUCCUGCAGCUGACCCCUGAACAGAUUGCCAUGCUGCCACCAGAGCAGAGGCAGAGCAUCCUGAUUCUCAAGGAGCAGAUCCAGAAGACAGCCGGGGCACCCUGAGGAGCACGGAGAACAGGCGGUUUUAGAUGUUCCCAUAGUUCACCUGUGCUCCAUUUUUUGUAUCAGACUUUGGAGAAGAUGAGAAGUUUAGAAGACAAGCUUAACAUGCACAGUUGUACUUUUUUUUUUUUUUUUUUUUUUUUUUUUCCCCUC